AUGACCAAGACUUCUAUGUGUCACGUCCAUACUCUGCAGCACUCAACGGGACAUGCGGACACCGCCUUUGGAUUUGUAGGAGAUCUCAUCCACUCACUUCAUCGUAAAUCAGUCUUCACACGCAGUCGGGUUGAGAGAAGCGAAAUUAUCCGGAAGAUAAAACGUAUCGAUUACCUUCCACUUGGUUUCUCAUCGACUCCCCGCCCCACUUGGUUUCCCAUCGACUACCAUCCAGUGGGUUUCCCAUCGAUUACCCUCCUACUUGGUUUCCCAUCGACUACCCUCCAGUGGGUUUCCCAUCGAUUACCCUCCUACUUGGUUUCCCAUCGACUACCCCCCACACUUAGUUUCUCAUCGACUACCCUCCACUUAGUUUCCUAUAGACUACUCUCCACUUGGUUUUCCAUCGACUACCCCCCCACUGGCUUUCCCAUCGACUACUCUCCACUGGGUUUCAAAUCGGCUACCUCCACUGGGUUACCCAUCGAUUACCCUCCUACUUGGUUUCCCAUUGACCACUCUCCACUGGGUUUCCCAUCGACUACCCCCCGCCACUUAGUUUCUCAUCGACUACCCUCCACUUGGUUUCUCAUCGACUACCCUCCACUUGACUACCCUCCUACUUGGCUUCCCAUCGACUACCCUCCUACUUGGCUUCCCAUCGACUACCCUCCUACUUGGUUUCCCAUCUAUUACCCUUCAAUUGGUUUUCCAUCGACUCCCCUCAUUACUACUACUACUACUACCACUUCCUAUUUCUUCUUUUUCCGCUCCCGCUUCUUCUUCUUUAUCCUCCUAUUCUUUUUCUUCUUUUGCUUCCUCUUCACCCUCCUACUCCUCCUCUUGUUGUUGCUGUUGUUGUUGUUGUUGUUCUUCUUCUUCUUCUUCUUCCGCUUCCGCACCCUUUUCUUCUUCUUCUUUAUCCUCCUUUUCUUCUUCUGCUUCCUCUUCAUCCUCCUUCUCCUCUUCUUCUUCUUCUUCUUCUUCUUGUUUCCUUUCUUCUUCUUCUUCUUCUUCUUCUUCUUCUUCUUCUUCUUCCGCUUUUUUUUCCUUUUUCUUCUUCUUCUUCUUCUUCUUCUUCUUCUUCUUCUUCUUCCGCUUCCGCCCCUUUUUUCUUCUUCUUCUUCUUCUUCUUCUUCUUCUUCUGCUUCCACUUCAUCCUCCUUCUCCUCUUCUUCUUCUUCUUCUUCCGCUUCCGCCCCCUUUUUUCUUCUUCUUCUUCUUCUUCUUCUUCUUCUUCUUCCGCUUCCGCCCCCUUUUCUUCUUCUUCUUCUUCUUCUUCUGCUUCCUCUUCAUCCUCCUUCUCCUCUUCUUCUUAUUCUUUACCCCCCCUCCUCCUCCUCCUCUUCUUCUUCUUCCACAAGCUCGUUAUGCGUUGUUUUCCUCUGUUUCUUAUCUAUCUAUCUAUCUAUCUAUCUAUCUAUCUAUCUAUCUCAGUUUGUUCAUAACCACAUAGACGUCUGUCUGUCUCCAUUCUGUCAGUAA